UCUCGCCCGGAAACACCAACUCACCUUCUCUCACUGCCAGCGUUUGCAACAUAUUGUGUUUGGUUUCAGGUUUCCGCGUCUGCCGGUGCUUCCGCUGUUGCCGAGUUGCCAGGAUGCUGUCCGCCGUGUGGAUGGUCCUCGCUGGUUGCUGCGCCGUAAACGCCCUGACCUGUGGGAACGUGGCGGUCCGGGGAAACGCCACCCAGUCGAGCACAAACUGGGGCGGAGAUGCGCACCAAGCUAUCGACGGGGACAGGAACGCCUACUACCACAACAAAUCGUGUACUCACACCAAGAGUGAAUUACGGCCCUGGUGGAGCGUAGACCUGUUGUCCGAGGAGAACGUGCUGUCCGUGAAGAUCACCAACCGACUUGACUGCUGCUGGAAACGGUUCAAAAACGUCGAGGUGUAUGUUGGUACCUCCUACCAAGACAACGGCAACAACAACCCGCUAUGCGGGAUGAUUGAGAGCCUGGAAGCCGGUGGCACCGCCCUGCUCAACUGCCACGGGAUGAACGGGCGUUUUGUCAACGUGGUGCUGAGAGGCGAAGGCAUCCUGACCCUGUGCGAGGUCGAGAUUUACGUAAAAGGCUAAAAACGGCGGCGCCG